GUUCCGCAGCCUGACGACGGCCUUCUUCAGAGACGCCAUGGGGUUCCUGCUGAUGUUUGAUCUCACCAGCCAGCAGAGCUUCCUCAAUGUCAGAAACUGGAUGAGCCAGCUACAGGCCAAUGCCUACUGUGAGAACCCAGAUAUCGUGUUGGUAGGAAACAAGGCGGACCUGGCCGACCAGCGGGAGGUUCAGGAAAAACAGGCCAAAGAGCUGGCCGAUAAAUACGGGAUUCCGUACUUUGAGACGAGUGCAGCGACAGGAGCGGAGGUGGACAAGGCAGUGAUAACGCUGUUGGACCUGGUCAUGAAGAGGAUGGAGCAGUGCGUCGACAAACCGCCCGCUGAGCCCGCCAACGGGAACGGGGCCACAAAGCUCGGUGAUGCGCAGCCCAACGAGAAGAAAUGUGCAUGUUAGAUCGAGUCUGCGAUUCAGGAAAUGACCAGUCAACGUCCAUCCUUUCUACUCGUCACAUCCCUCCAUCUUUUUACUUUCCUCCUCCGGUCAUCUUUGAUUGCAUGUUACUUUGUCUUCUCUUCAUUCCUUUCUCUCUAAAACUAACCUUUAACCAUCCUCUCCCUUUCUCAAUGAAACAACUCUGCCCCCCUCUAGUGGAUAGUCCAGAUACUGCAGUCUCAGCCUGUCUGCCUUUGAGCCCUGUUUAGGAGGAAGUUAAAACAGUUUCAUCACUGUCAGACACAUAAUGUGCCUCGUUUAAAACAUGCAGCCUGGGAAUUAAGCUCCGCACGCUCCCACUUUCUCUCAUAGCAUGUGGUUUGAAUGAUUUUAAUGGCUUUAAACAGUCAAAAAAAGAUGUUUAAGUUCAUCGCUUUGUAACAGGGGGAAGAUUUUGCUUCCUGUUUAGGCUGCCACUGGUUGACAGCCUAAUCUGGGCCAUAAAGAGUUUAACAUCAGGCUGUAUAUUUGUAUAAAUCCCUGAAGCUUUUCCUCCUGGACCAGGCUGAACAUCUGUGUGACCAGUGUGUUUUUAUCCUUAUUUAUUCCCUGUUUCACACUGUCUGUGCUGUACCUGUAUUUGCCAGAAAUGAUCAUUUUUAACAGCAGUUUUUGUGUGGUUUGAUAA